AUGCCUCGACACGGCCCGUGGAGCGCAUUCACGGACUUCAGGGCGUGGGUCCCAGAUCAGAACGGGACUUGGAGUGCCCGCUGGUGGCAGAAUCACUCUUUCGUCCUUUGUGCCCACGGUGGUGGCCUCGAUCCAAGUCCGCGGGCCGUCCAGGCGAUAGCAGCCGGGGCCAUCCCCAUCAUACAGCAUUCUCCACUGGACGCCGCCUACUCGCUCCUGCCCGUCGUCUUCGUCGACAGCUGGACGGCAGAAGCACUCACGGUUGAGAAGCUGAGGCGGUGGAAGGAGGAGCUGCUACCGUAUUACGACGACCCUCGUCUGCGAAUAGAGGUUAUCAAGAGAUUGACGAUGGAUUAUUGGUGGAGGGUCGCCCUGGAUGGCACGCGUGCGGCAACUGGAGACCAUUCGCAGUUGAAAGAUUGGUCUUGA